AGGUCGCGGAGGGGUUCGCACGGCGGUCUUUUCCUCGCCCGCCCCUAUUCCUUUCUAGAUCCUCAGCUCCAAACCCAAACCCUAGAAGGGAAAGGCGGCAAUCACCAAUCCUACCGCAAUCCUACAGCGUCCUGCGUCAUCGCCUCGUCCGCCCUUCGGAUCUACUUUCAGGGUUCGGAGGAUCUCCUGCUCUAGCCGAAUGGCCGCCUCAAGCGUCGACAGAUCCCCGCUUCCCGCUCAAGUGGUGGGCAAAGCCUUCGUUCAGCAGUACUAUCUCAUCCUUCAGCAGUCGCCGGAGCUGGUGCACCGGUUCUACCAGGAGAACAGCUUGCUCAGCCGACCGGAUGCCAACGGAGAGAUGAGUUUGGUCACCACUACUCAGGCGAUCAAUCAGAAGGUAUUGUCGAUGGGUGCUGUUAGAGCUGAGACGAAUACGGUGGAUGCUCAAGAAUCUCUUGGUGGCGGGGUGACUGUGCUUGUGACUGGGUACCUUUCGGAGGUGGACAGUAUCAAAAGAGGCUUCACUCAGUCUUUCUUUCUCGCACCCCAGGAUAAGGGUUUCUUUGUGUUGAAUGAUAUAUUCAGGUUUGUUGAAGAGGACGAACACCAGCAAGGGAACCAGGGUUGCCCACCACAACAAGGGCCACACGACCUAGACCAGACUGCCUCGGAAGAUGACGAUAAGUUGAACAGUGGAGAAGUCUAUAAUCCUCCAGAAGAUGGUCAGUUUGUGGAACACGAAGAGCCAAAAGAAGAGGUGAUUAAUGAAGUUCCAAACAGUUCCCAUGCUGUGGUGGUUGAACCAACUCCUGUGACUGCUCAAGAAGACAUGCCAAAAAAGUCAUAUGCUUCAAUUGUCAAGGUUAUGAAACAUAGUGCGCUGGCAUCAAUUCCACCACACAUGCUAUCUAAGUCAGCAUCAGUUAGACUAGAAUCCGAGGCAACCACUGCUCCUUCAGCAGUUCCUGCAAAUGAUGUACCUACCACCAAUUCUGUUAAUGAAGAAUCUAGCAAUGCUGUUGAGGCAGAAGCUGAUGGCCAUUCCAUUUUUGUGAAAAGUUUACCAUUGGAUGCAACGCCUGAUCAACUUGAACAGGAGUUCAAGAAAUUUGGUACAAUUAUGCCAGAUGGCAUACAAGUUAGGAGUCACAAGCUACAAGGUUUCUGUUAUGGAUUUGUAACAUUUGAAACGGCAAGUGCUGUCCAAAAGUCUUUGGAGGCCUCGCCCAUAAUGAUUGGUGGUCGACCAGCUUAUGUGAAAGAAAAGAGGACGACAGAUUCACGAGUUGGUAACCAAGGAAGAUAUUUAUCUGGUCGAGGGGGCGGGCUACGCUACGAUACCAGAGGGCGCAGUAGCUUCAGUGGCAGAAGGGCUUAUGGAAGAGGCGACUAUGAUACCCCACCUGAUUUUGGAGGACGAGGUGGUGGUAGGGGAAGGUAUCAAAACCGUGCAAGUGAUGGUAGUUAUAAGAGGGUUGAUCGUAUCAACUCCUCAAGUAGCCACGGAACCAAUGCUAGCUUUGCGAUUGGAGUACCUACCAAAAACUAAACAAUCAGGUUUGCAUUUCCAUUUUGAUCUUAAGCUUAGUUUUUAGGUGCAUAUAUGCCUAAAUGAGUAUAUUUGUUCCUAUUGAUUCAAUAGCUUACUGAGUCUGAGAGUUUUGUUUUCCAUUUUUUUUUUUACCAGCAGUAGGCACGUGAAAAUUUUCGGUAUCACUAGCUUUAUCACUCUCAUUCACUAUAUGAUAAUUUUGUAAUUUUUCAUUCUAUUUGCAAGCUAAUUUAUGGAUUAUGAUAA